AUGAUUGUGAAAAUUUUUAUUGUAAUUUUUAUUGGUCGUUUAAAUUAUGUAGCUAAUUUUUCGAUCGAGAACUUCUCAAUUGGCAGUAAUAAGACUGAAUCUGAUGAAUUAAUGCUGAGUAAUGGCACUAAUAGUAACCAAACUGAUGUUAAUUUUGAAUUGAUUCACGACAAUGAUGAAAAUUCAAAAAUUAUCAAAAAACGAGAUGCAACUGAUCAAGACAACUCUGCAGAAAAUCACAUUAAUCACAAAGACAAUCAAAGUCAUAAUCAACAUGGAUUUAGCUAUCAACGGCCAUCAAAUGUGCCUAAAGACAGCUUUGAAAGUCAUCAUGGCAAUAAAAUUGAUAUCAAGAAAACAACAAAUGGAGAUUCUGAUGAAAACUUAGCUCAUACAAUCCUUCAGACAACUGACAGCAGUCAAAAUGAAAAUUCUACUUUAGAAGUUGAUCAUUCAGAGGACCAAGAGACUAACAAUCACCAAACUGAAGAACACAUCACUGAACAAGAUUAUCAUUCAAAUGAGCUAAGUAAGACUGCAUUGGACACAGAUUCAACAAUCUAUCAUAGCACAUCUGCGAGAAUUAAUGAUGAUAAACAUGAUUAUUCGACACAACCUUAUAAAUCGACUUCAAAAAUUGAUCAAAAUUCAGAAGAACCAAAUCAUGAUUGUGAGGAUUCAGAUGAAAAUAUUGAAGCUAAUUUGAAUAAUUCUUCAAUAAAGAUGAAUACAUCUGAUGGAACUCAUCAAAAGACUACACGAUCAAUAGAUCACAAUAUGAUGACAACAAAGAUUGAUAAAAUUAAUAAAACCCUUCAUAAUCCAGGAAAAUUUGGCAAUAGCUCGUCCACAGUUAAUGAUAAAAUUACAAAUUCAACAGAACUAUUAAAAGCAUCAACAAAAAGCAGUCUGAAGUCUACAAAUAAUAAAAGUUCUACUAAGCCAUCCAUUGAUCCAGUUUUACAUCAGUCAACAAAUGAUUUCGGAACAACUGAGUCUUAUUUGGUUAAUAGUACGCGACAUUAUGUCAAUCACACCAAUAAGCUAACCAAUAAUCCAAAAACAACCCAAAUUGUUCAUAAUUCAACAGUCAAGGUUAAAAAUUCAACUCAUAACAACAAGACUAAUAAAGAAUCGAAUUCAAGCAAUCAUGCGACAAGCUUAAGAACCACUCGAAGGGUAAAAUCCAGUAGAAACCAUACUAUUAACUCUGAACAUGAUCCAAGCCACUCUCCUAAAAAUACAAUAAAUCACAGCAGUAACCAAAAACUUACAACUCACCAAAGUAAUCCUAAACAUGUUUCGAAUCACAAUCAAAACCUAACAGCAAGCUACAAAAAUAAAUCAACUCCCAACCUUAUUUACAAUCAUAACAGCACCACAAGCUACCACUCAAAAAACACCACAAACAAAAUAAAUCACAAAAUACUCCACAGCCAAAGCACAACACCUAAAGAUGAAUGGACAAUUGCUGACAAAAGAGACAAAGUUGAGUCUCAAGAAGAUAAUAAACUGGGAUCAAAACAUAACCUCAAAAAGUCAACAACACAACAUGAUGCAGGGGACAUUAGGACUCAUCAUUUAACAACAGCCUCAACACAAGAAUCCAAUAAUCAUGUCCACAAUGCAGCAGAGGCAACAACGGAGCAAAGAAUAAGAUUUGCAAUCCCACGAGAAGCGCAGAAACAGAAUCAAGGGAUGAAAAAUGAUGAAAAUUCUAAAUUUGAUCAUAAUCAGUUGGAGGAUGAUGUGGAAGUGUUUAAGAUGACUGAGAAAAGUUUGACUGUUGGCGGAAAGAGACAGACUGACGAGCAUUCUUUUAAGUUUGUUGGAUGA